GGCGGCUCCUGCGGGGUGGGGCGGGGGGCUCGCGACCCGCCCGCGCGUGGGGACUUUACCGCCGGGAGGCUGCAAAGAGAGAGGCGCAGAGGGCAGCCGGAGACCCCCGCCCUGCAUCGCACUGAUCUGGGCUGCUGCUGCAGGAAGUGACCAUGGCAGGGCUGCAUGAGCUGCGAUUCACCGAGGAGAAGCCACUGCUGCGAGGCCAGGAUACCGAGCUCGAGCAUUCGGAUACGUUCCUUUCCGCGGUGGACACGGACUGGAAGGAGCAUGAUAUCGAGACCCCAUACGGGCUGCUGCAUGUGGUCAUUCGAGGGUCCCCAAAGGGAAAUCGCCCGGCCAUCCUGACCUACCAUGAUGUUGGACUCAACCACAAGCUGUGCUUCAACACAUUCUUCAACUUCGAGGACAUGCAGGAGAUCACCAAGCACUUUGUGGUGUGUCACGUGGAUGCACCAGGGCAGCAGGCCGGAGCGUCGCAGUUCCCACAGGGGUACCAGUUUCCAUCCAUGGACCAGUUGGCUGCCAUGCUCCCUAGCGUGGUGCAGCAUUUCGGGUUCAAGUACGUGAUCGGAAUCGGCGUGGGAGCAGGAGCCUAUGUCCUGGCCAAGUUUGCUCUGAUCUUCCCAGAUCUGGUGGAAGGGCUCGUCCUGAUGAACAUCGACCCCAACGGCAAAGGCUGGAUUGACUGGGCAGCCACCAAGCUCUCUGGCCUGACCAGCUCUUUGCCUGACACAGUGUUAUCUCACCUGUUCAGCCAGGAAGAGCUGGUGAGCAACACGGAGCUGGUGCAGAGCUAUCGACAGCAGAUCGGGAGUGUGGUGAACCAAUACAACUUGCAGCUGUUCUGGAACAUGUACAACAGCCGCAGAGACCUGGACAUUAACCGGCCUGGGACUGUCCCCAAUGCCAAAACACUUCGCUGCCCGGUCAUGCUGGUGGUGGGGGACAAUGCUCCUGCUGAAGAUGGGGUGGUGGAGUGUAACUCCAAGCUGGAUCCAGUCACCACCACAUUCUUGAAGAUGGCCGACUCUGGGGGGCUCCCACAAGUCACACAGCCUGGAAAACUGACCGAAGCCUUUAAGUACUUCCUGCAAGGGAUGGGUUACAUUGCAUACUUGAAGGAUCGGAGGCUGAGUGGAGGAGCAGUGCCCUCAGCCAGCAUGACCCGCCUGGCCCGCUCCCGCACUGCCUCCCUCACCAGCGCCAGCUCGGUGGACGGCAGCCGCCCUCGGGCCUGCACCCACUCGGAAAGCAGCGAGGCCAUGGGGCAGAUCAACCACACCAUGGAGGUUUCGUGCUGAGGUUUCUGGUCCCUCCACCGUCUCCUCCUCCUCCUCCUCUUCCUCCUCCGCUGGAGACAUUUAGCAUCGUUCUGCAUCGAGUCACCAUCCAAACGGCCAUCCUGUGCGGCUUCCAACCGUUACCGUGUUGGGGUUUCGUUUUCUUUCUCGUUGGGGUUUUUUUUCCUUUUAAUAUUACAUAAAAAAGGGGAGCGGGGAAACACCAUUGUAAGACCGACGGUUCAAUCCACCUCUAGCUAUAGCUGCAACUUUGAAUUAGUGACGUUAUCUUGUUGUCAGUCGAGCCGUAACAAGUCUCUCCACUGGUCAGGUCCGCAGGUUUCUGCCGUGCAGUUGGUUCGGAGAGUCUCCUGAGACAAGCCCUUGGCAGAGGCAAUGGGUGUUGGCUCCGCCCAGCCACUUCGGUAGCUUGUUAGCCAAAGGCUUGGUUUCCUCAGGUCCACCCGUGGGAAGUGUCAGCGAAUUGGCCAACGGCGGGAAAACUCAAGCAAGCACGUAAUGUCCAUAGUCACCGAAGGGUUCACCACAAUUCUUUCACGUGAGGUGGGGUGUUCAUAACAAUCUGGGUUUGUUUGUUUAAAUAAACUGCUAAGAGUUAAAUGUCGCAUGGGCCCCCCCUUCCAGUGAUCGCCACCGUCCUUUUUUCUCCGAUUGACCUGCCCCUGGGGAAUUGAACCUAGGACCCCAAGAGCUAAAAGCAUGAGUCCCUACCACUUGAGCUAAAAAGACCACCCCAGUUAGCCACAGUACACUCCUACCCUGCUAUAAAUGGUUCGGCCACUAGAGGGGGGACAAAGACCCACACAGCGUUUACACAGGUUAAACACUCUAUGGUGUUGAGUGUCACUGGGUAGCAGUACCCAGGGUCGGGUCCAUGCAUCCUUGGGAUAAUAUGGGAGAUGGGGAGGAAGAAACAAAAAAGGGCUUGAGAAAUCCUGGUUUUAAAACGUUGCUGCCCACUGGGAUUUAAUCCCGGUCACGCUGAACUCUAAGCAUUUGCCUAGCCAUGGAAAGAGCAAUCCGAAAGGUAGCUUCUCUGCAGAAUGGCUCCCUGGGACCUUCCUUCCUAGCCCUCUGGCCUGUCCAUCCAAAACAGGAAGUAGAAUUGUUUUAAGGCAGGAAGUGAUGUGUCAUGAGGACUGGGCAUUAGCCCCUCCCCUACAAGACAACACCACCCAAAUGCCACAGGGGUGAGAGCUGUAAAACCAUAUAAUAAAAAUAACCAUGCCCCAAGAAAUACCUACACUAAAUGAGACCUAGUGAUCUCUGCCCUUUCUGGUUCCAAUAAAGCGCGCAAGUCACAGGAUCUUAAAUUUGCCCCAGACGCAUUUAGAAACAAUAGUCGCGCAUGAGCCAGUGCUAUAAACUAAGCUCCCAGGUGCUCCAUGGCAGUACGGAGCCCUGGGGUUCCUGUGCGUGUGUUUGUGAUUCGUGCACACACGUAAUUAUUUUUUGCAAGAAGGACAAUCAACGACAGUAACCAAAACCAGACUAAACUCCUCCGCGGUCUCUGCGCCUCCCCCUCCCUCCCACACCGAUCCAAGAUUCACAAGGGAAAAGCUCCGUCCUGGCUCAUGGCAGUGCUGCCAGGGGCAGGAUGUUGGGGCUAGAGGAUGGAGGAAAUUUAUGCAGCGGCAGGUGGUGGCAAUGUCCGUGACAGGGCUGCUGGCUGUGCAGGUGUCUUUCUCCCUCCCUUAAUGUGAGGCCUGUUUCUGCUCUCCAGAAAGGCUGUUAGAAGCAAACACUCCAGGAACCUAUAAGGAGCGUCCAAAGGCCCACGGGGCAGCUGCUAUUGUUCUGUUGCUGUUUUGUGCUCUGUUGGUGGACAACUGUAGUAUUUACAGGCCAUGUGCUGGGGAUAGCCUGCCCAAGGGACAAAAGCAGUGCUUAAUUUGUGCCAGAGCUCGCCAGGGCUGAUCCCCAGCACCUCCAGGCUUGGCAGUUCAGAGCCCCGGCACUUCUGGGCUUGCCGCCUCCGAUAUGAAAGUAAAAACAUUGCUUGAGCACUGGUACCUCUUUCAUCACAAAUUGAGCACUGGACAAAAGCAUCUUCCAGGUUGUUUGUACAGCACCUACCACAACUGGGCUAAGUUCUAGCGAAUGGGUGAUGCAUCUUUGCGUGAUUGGGACGUGACUUCAUUGGGUGUUGUGUGCGUACCACAAGCAGGCGGCAUGGACUCCAGAAAUGUCUCUCUCCCUCUGACUGUGUGUCCAGUACUAGCUGAAUUAAGUCUGUAAUUUGUCCCAGUCUAUUCUGUUUACUGUUAGUCUAUGUGAAUUGGGCUUUGAACUUUGCAUCCUAUGCCCACUGCUAGGCAGGUGUGAGGCCUUGUUUCUUGGCUUUGUGCCAGUGUUUCUGUGGUUGGCGCAGUGGAAUCAGGGCAAGUGGGUACCACCUUUCACAGGGAUAUUUUAGUCUGUGCCAGUCAAGAGUUUUGCUCCCCAGAUUUUGGUGGGAAUCCCAUUGGAAACCCCCAGAGCCAACACCUCUCCCCCUAUGCCCCAUUCUCAUUGUCUCAGACACAUUUGUCACUUGGCGUACCGUGCUGAGUGUCUGUCUAGGGCUUGGUUCUUCCUCAGUGUUGUGGCUCGAUUCAUUUUGAGUUGGUGAGGUUCCUACGUGUCUGUGAUCCGUCCUGAGGAUCUGGGGCUGAGUGUGGUUUGGGUCUAGUGUUUCGGGCACAGGAUGAGAAUUUGUAUUGUAACAAAUCCAUGUCUCUGUGCUGCAUGGCUGCUCAGAAUGUCCUGGUGACAGCGGGGAACUGAACACAGAUCCUCUUGUUCCAAAAGCCCAGCCCUACCCACUUGAGCUAAAGGAGAAUCUCUGUGAGCUGUUAGCAGUACAGGACCCAUGACAUGCAGCUGAGCAUUUCUGAUUCCAUCUGGUAAAUGGCUUGUUAGCCAGUUUGUUCCAGGGUUUACUAGUUGGUGCGUUGGGAGUGGAAAUUUCCCUAGUCUCACCUGUCAAUGGGAUUCCCUUGGUUGUCAGCGCCUUGUAUGCAGAGGGUGAGGAGUGCUUGGGAGGGCAUCUGGGGAAAGGGGAGCUAUGUUAUCAUGUACUUUGUAUGUAAGGGCUUCCUAAACUUCAUGUUAGCCCCGCAGGGUCACCUGGCUCUGGGGCUCUGCCCCAAAACCCCAUCACAGCAUAAGCUGGAGACAGCCAGCAUUUGCAAUUCCUCUGCAUGGUUAUAGAACUGUUCCUUUUUCACCAGUCCUGGGGGGCAGGGAGAGAAACAAGAGCUGACCUUACACAUUCCCGGGAUUAGCCACCAUCUCCUUCCACCAUAUCCCAGGCAAAAGUGAGUCGCCAAGGGAGGCCACAAACCAGUGGGCCCAGGCAUGAGCCACGCCCACAUGGGAGUGCCAUAUUUUCUCUGUUAGGAUGAGAACCCUCCCCUUCCUGUUGUAUUGCCCUUGGGCCAGCGAGGGGGGAAAUGGACCAUAAGAUGAAGUCAAAGGGACUACCGAAGUCCAUGAGGAACACAACCAGUGGCAUUCUGUGCCAUUUCAGCUGGUGAAUGCCAGCUCACUGCACUGGGGGGCUGCAGAGCCAGUUAAUAAGGUACUGAGCAUUCACCAUCUCAGAUGCUGGGUCUCCAGUCCCUUUGAUCCACCCAACUUCCAUUCUGGUCCUUUGUGACCACACAGUCCCUACAGGGCUCCUCAGCUGCCUGGCUUGCCACUCUAGGUGCUGGAGGGAACAGAUCCAAAGCUGAUCAUACUAGCAACAAGAAGAAAUUCUAUUAGAGAUAUAAAGAGAGACAGCAUUAAACAUCCCGUGGUGUUCCAGACACACUGUCUCUAUGCUGUCGAGGAGAGUGUGCGUCUCUCACCUCUGCUUACCACACGGAUAAAUACAGAACACACACGCCACACACACGCAUACUGCCUUUAAAUGGUAUGACAUCACCACAAGCAUUCUAGAAACUCUCUGUUGUGUAUUAGUUUGUCCCAGACUCUGUUUUUCCGUGUGCUUCCUUCUGAACAUUAAAUGUGAAUGUUUGAAAGCUAGUAGGAAUUCUUUUUACUGUAGAUACUGCUGCAAUUUUUCUUGGUUUUUUUAGUGUGUCCUUUCAGAUAAUAUAUAUAUAAAUACCUAUACAUAAUAUAUAUAUUGGAUUUUUCCCCCUAUUUCUUUCGUUCUUGUAGCAACUGGUAACAAAUGUGUGGUUUUAACAUUUAAGGUGUUCUGGCUGUAAUUUUGUUCUGGGUUUGUUUUUGAGUUUUUUCUUUUUUCCUGGUUAAGGUGGAAUUUAAUGAAUUUCAGACUUCUGUAUGAGGUGAAUCCUCAUAGUUGUGUGCAUUCAGAUGGUCGAUGCUCAGAAAGUUGCAUCGAUGCCGUGGUAUUUACAGACGACUACAAAAAUGUAAAAUGGAACAACAAAUGGUUGAUGUAGAAAGGGUUACUGUGUCGAAAAUUAAUAAAGACGUUAAGAAGAACCUA